AUGGCCUCAAACUUAAAAGGGCGUGGUAGUCAAGCUACACCUGCAGAGAUAUCCUUAAUUCAUCUAAAGAACUGCUUGGUUAACUUGCCGUCAUCAUUAUCUUCAUUGCUAGUUAAUAUCAAUGCCCUUGCACAAAAUGUGAUUGUAGAAUUGAACUACCGGAUUCCACCUCCGCAGGGCCCAAAUCAAACGAAUGGCGCCCCUACUCAACGAUCCAUCUUCGUGGGAUGGACGGGUAUGCAAAGCAAGCGCAAGCUUGCACCGAUUGUCGGGAGGGAUGGGAUAAGUGGCACUAGAGGAUCUGGUAGAGAGCAAGAGGUACAGGUUGUAGAGAUAGAUGCAACCUUUGCGCGAACAUUGGGAAUAUCAGAUGGACAGAAAAUUACAGCGACUAUACACGUCGACCCUCCCGUCGCCCACACAAUUAAUAUUGAACCUUUGACUCCAGAAGACUGGGAGAUUAUAGAAUUGCAUGCUAAUUUUCUCGAACUCAAUUUCAUCAAUCAGAUUCGCGCAUUACCAAAUCCAAGCUUUACUUCACCGAGUGGUUCAUCGCAUCUGCCGCAUCCUCUUACGUUACAUCUUUCACCAACCUCGACUGCCAAUAUUAUAGUCACGUCCCUCCUUCCUGCUCCGCCUUCAAAUAUUGCGUUCACGAAACUGGCACCAGAUGCAGAAGUUAUUGUGGCUCCGAAAACAAGGUCGAAGCCAUCACGAAAUUUGGGCGAAAAUAUGAGUGUGUCUUCAAGAAAGAGUGUUGGCGGACGAAGUGUUUCUAGUACGGUACGUCGGAAAAGUGGACGAAGUGAAGAGACGAAGCCGGCCAUGUAUUAUAGAGGUAUUGACAGGGCACUUUGCGAGGAGUGGUUUGAGGAAGAGAAAGAUGCAGAUGAUGGAGGAUUGAAAAUCUGGGUUGAUGGAGACUUUAUUCUUGGUGACUCGUUGAAAGGGCUCACUUGGGUCACCGUCACCGUCGUCAAGCCUGCUACUUUACAAGAGCCAAUCGAUCCACAACGACAACAACAAGAAGAUGAAAAUACCAGUGUUGCAGGGAAGCCUGCAUCGAAGGUAGUAGCUAGAUUGAUGACAUGGGAUGAACCGCCAGACCAAUACCAUGUGGCCCUAUCGAGUUCACUUUGUGCCUCUAUGGGGUGCAAAAAUAUGGUUGGAGGCGUGAUAAGGGUUGCGCCUGCCCCAUCCCAAUCUUCAAAGCCAACUUUUCAACCCACUUCUAAAUCCGGUACUCCACACAUCAAACUAUUCCCUUAUACAUCUAGUACAGGAAAAGCGAGUGAAGGUCUCAAAUUCGGUGGGGAAUCGAAAGCUGAGCGGGAAGAAGCUGCAAAAUCAAUCAUGAAAAUGUACAGCAAGAAUGGUUCUAAAAGUGGCAUUUUUGAAGGGCCAUUGACUGAUGGCUUAGUACUCGGUAAGCCAUCGGGUUCUGACUUCCCAUCAAGUUGGGAAGGCGGAAUGAUUCGCCUGGACCAAGGACCACAGGAAUCAGGAAAACAGUCUUGUAAUUGGUUUCUUGGUUCGGAAAAGAAAUUCAAUCUUGAGGUUCAAGCCGCUAUUCCAAGACCCUUAACACUUGCAGCAAACGCGAUCGAUGGUCUUGGUGCAAAAGCUCCUGUUCUUGUGGGCAUUGAUAAUCUCAUAGAACAGCUACACUCACAUCUUUCACACUUGUCUUCCGUAUUACUCACUGGUGCUUUGGGGUCUGGCAAGACAGCAGUGGUUCAACACUUGGCACAUCGAUUACGACAAGAUAGCAGGUAUCAUACCACAUAUCUUUCAUGUCGAAAAUUUGUUACAGAUGAAGCACGUGUCUCAACUAUACGUGAAACAUUCGAUCGUAUUUUCUUGGCUGCCUCGUGGGGUGCAAGAAUCGGUGGAAAAUCCAUUGUGAUAUUGGAUGAUCUUGACAAAUUGUGUCCCGCAGAAACAGAGCUUGAAGUGGGCAAUGACAACCUUCGAAGUGAUUUGAUUAGCGAGAAAAUAAUUGCAAUUGCUAGGGAAUACUUAAUUGGGCAUCGCAGUAACGUUGUUCUACUUGCCACCGCUCAAGCGAAAGAGUCACUUCACAAAAACAUCAUCGGUUGUCAUUGCGUGCGAGAGAUCGUCGCCUUGAAAGCUCCGAACAAAGAAGGGCGAAGAAGAGUUAUGGAAAAGGUUGCUAUGGAAAAUGCCAUCUCGGAAAUUACGGCAAAACCAGUAGCAUCUGGUAGCCGCCCAAGCACAGCAGAUAAUAGCGAGAGUAACAAUGAUACUGAUUGGAUGGGUGGUUCGAGUAUAGAAGGUACCAAGAAAUCGGAAGGCGAUGGUUAUAUUAUUGAUCAAGAUCUCGAUUUCUUAGAUCUAGCUGGUCAAACUGAUGGUUACAUGCCUGGAGAUCUCGUCCUUCUUGUAGCUCGAGCCAGGAGCGAAGCAAUGAUUCGGACAGUCUCAAGCUCCCUGCAAAACGCCGAUAGCGGUUCUAUUCGACUCACCAGAGAAGAUUUUGACAGUGCUUUGAAAGGAUUCACGCCGGCGUCGCUUCGAAAUGUCACCCUUCAGACUUCAACUACAACUUUUGACUCGAUCGGAGGAUUACAAGAGACCCGUAAAAUUCUACUUGAGACAUUACAGUACCCUACUACUUAUGCGCCAAUUUUUGCACAAUGUCCACUGCGAUUGCGAUCAGGUCUGCUCUUGUACGGAUUCCCAGGCUGUGGUAAAACUCUCCUUGCAAGUGCAGUCGCAGGAGAAUGUGGUCUGAACUUCAUCAGCGUCAAGGGACCCGAGAUUCUCAACAAAUAUAUCGGUGCUUCUGAAAAGUCUGUUCGCGAUCUCUUCGAGCGGGCUGAAGCUGCUAGACCUUGUGUACUAUUCUUUGAUGAGUUCGAUUCUAUAGCUCCUAAGCGUGGCCAUGAUUCUACUGGUGUAACUGAUCGGGUAGUCAAUCAAUUGUUGACACAAAUGGAUGGAGCUGAAGGUUUAUCCGGAGUUUAUGUACUUGCAGCUACUUCGAGACCAGAUUUAAUCGAUCCGGCAUUACUCCGUCCCGGUCGCUUGGAUAAGUCCCUUAUAUGUGAUCUUCCAAAUGUGGAGGAUCGUUUUGAUAUCCUCAAGGCACUAGGCAAAAAGCUGAAAUUAUCCGAAGAAGUCCGAGACAGUCCUGAAGGAGGGCUGUUUGAGAUUGCUCGUAGAACUGAAGGCUAUUCGGGAGCAGACCUCCAGGCUUUGAUAUCUAACGCGCAACUCGAAGCCAUUCAUGAUGUACUUGGUGACCAUGAACCAGUUGAAGUUGGAGGCAAACGUAAUGGUGCUAAGACAAAUGGGGCAUCCAGCGGACCUCGAAGUUUUGUGCAGUUCCGCUAUGGCGAAGAUGAAGAUCGGACGGAAGCAGAGACUCGCGCAAAAGCUGGUAAUAAUCGCUCCAAACAACUUGCGGAAAAAGCUGCAAUUACCGCCAAGUUAGAAGAAAUCAAAAAGGCAAAGAAAAAGGAGAAACUGAGAGCAAAGGGUAUUGAUGUUUCGAGUGAAGACAGAGGAGAGCAGAAGGAAGUUAAGAGUCAACAAGAAGUCACUAUUCUCUGGAAACAUUUAGUCAAGAGCUUGGAGGGUACAAGACCAAGUAUAAGUGCUGAUGAGCGAAGGAGAUUACAGGGAAUUUAUAGGGAGUUUGUGGUGGGAAGGAGUGGGGAUAUGCCGAAUGGACAAGGAGGGACGGAGGUUGGUGGGAGGUCGAGUUUAAUGUAGGGUAGAAUAUGGUAUGGUCAGGAAUCUCAAUAAUGCGGACUGCAGUCUGAAAAAUUUAGGCAUAUGCUUUCCGAAU